CCGCUGUCAACAGCACCCCGGCUCCUUUUCCACCCGCCUUUCCAGACACUCUGUGACAAAUCCGUGGCGCUGUUGCGACCCGAGUGCGGGACCCGGAUGUUCAGGCCGUGGAGCAAAGGCGAGGAGAGGAAGAGCCACGGGCUGUGGGGGAGGCACCAUCGCGGCUCUGACUGAGGCGGCCGCCGCAGCGGAGGCGGAACCCUGGGGACGGCGCCGGUCGUCAGCCGGCGCCCUUUCGCCGAGGCCUUCCGCCGUCCCGCCGUUACCCCGGCAACGGCGCCGCCGGCGCAACGCGGAGCGCGGGCCCGGCCGCAGGAUGAUGCUCUCGCGGGCCAAGCCGGCCGUGGGGGGUACCCCGCCGCCCGGAGACAGGCGGAGGAAGAAAGGGAAGGAGGUGCCGCAGUUGGAAGAACUCCUGGCGCAGAGGGACUUCACCGGCGCGAUCGCCUUGCUGGAGUUUAAACAGCACGUGGGUGAGGAGGAGGAGGAUGGCAACCUUUGGAUCGGAUACUGUGCGUUUCAUUUGGGUGACUACAAGAGAGCUCUGGAGGAAUAUGAGGCUCUAACCAAGCAAGCAACUUGCAAUCCAGAUGUGUGGGUGAACCUUGCCUGUACCUACUUCUUUCUGGGGAUGUACACGCAAGCAGAGCAAGCAGCUUUGAAAGCACCCAAGAGUGGUCUCCAGAACCGUUUACUCUUUCACCUGGCACAUAAGUUCAGUGAUGAAAAGAAACUGAUGAGCUCUCACCAGAACCUGCAAGAUGUUACAGAAGAUCAGCUUAGCCUGGCAUCUAUCCACUACAUGCGGUCCCACUACCAAGAAGCUAUUGAUAUCUACAAGCGCAUUCUGCUGGACAAUCGGGAAUACCUGGCUCUGAAUGUAUAUGUGGCCCUGUGCUAUUACAAACUGGAUUACUAUGAUGUAUCACAGGAAGUCCUAGCUGUUUAUCUUCAGCAAGUUCCUGACAGCACCAUUGCUCUUAACCUUAAGGCUUGUAACCAUUUCCGACUUUACAAUGGAAAGGCUGCAGAGGCAGAGCUCAAAAACUUGACAGACAGUGCCUCAUCAUCUUUUGAGUUUGGUAAGGAGCUCAUUAAGCACAAUCUGGUGGUUUUCCGAGGAGGAGAAGGGGCUUUGCAAGUCCUCCCUCCCCUGGUUGAUGUUAUUCCUGAGGCAAGACUGAAUCUUGUGAUUUACUAUCUCCAGCAAGAUGACGUACAGGAGGCUUAUAACCUGAUUAAGGACCUGGAACCUACAGCUCCACAGGAGUACAUCCUCAAAGGGGUGGUAAAUGCAGCACUUGGACAAGAAAUGGGCUCGAGAGAUCAUCUGAAAAUUGCUCAACAGUUCUUCCAGUUGGUGGGGGAAUCAGCCAGUGAAUGUGAUACCAUUCCAGGAAGACAGUGCAUGUCCUCCUGCUUCUUUCUUCUUAGACAAUUUCCUAAUGUCCUAAUUUACCUCAACUCAAUCAAGAGUUACUUCUACAACAAUGACACUUUUAACUUCAACUAUGCCCAAGCCAAAGCUGCAAUGGGCAAUUUUAGUGAAGCUGAAGAGGUGUUCCUUUUGAUCCAGAGUGAGAAGAUAAAAAGUGAUUUUGUUUACCUUAGCUGGCUGGCUCGCUGCUAUAUUAUGAAUAAGAAACCACAGCUAGCCUGGAAGCUCUAUCUGAAGAUGGAAACAUCAGGGGACUCCUUUAACCUAUUGCAGCUCAUUGCAAAUGAUUGUUACAAAAUGCGUCAGUUUUACUAUUCAGCCAAAGCCUUUGAUGUUCUGGAGAGACUGGACAAUAAUCCUGAAUACUGGGAAGGCAAGAGAGGUGCUUGUGUGGGUGUAUUUCAAAUGAUCUUAGCUGGCCGAGAAGCAAAAGAGACCCUGCGGGAAGUUCUGCACCUUCUGAAGAGCACUGGUAAUUCUCAAGUAGAGUACAUUGUUCGUGUCAUGAAAAAGUGGGCCAAGGAGAACAGAGUCCCUGUUUGAGUCAGUGUCACAGAGUGAUCCAGGCUCAAAAGAUGUUCCCACAACAACUUCUCCAAGCAGCUUGCUUUCCUUGGCAAGGAUGCAAUUCUUCUUUCCUUUUUCUCUCUCUGCUUUUUCUUCCUAACUUGCAACUCCAUAUAAAUGGAGCUCUUGAGGCUUUGAAUUUUCUCUGAAGUUCCUCUAAGUCAACAUUCUUAUCCUAUGUAUUAAAGAAAGUUACAAUGUUCUGCAGAGUAGGCUAUAAAAAUCACCAGUCAUUCAGAACUUGUGUCAGCUUUAAAUUUCUCAUUGAGUAAAUUCUUCUGAACAGCAAGGAUGAUAACAUCCCCACCUUUGGUUCAGGAACUCACACUACCAUGACACAUCCCUUCCUGUAAAUCCCUUGACUUCUUUCCCAUGAUGACUUGCCCUGAUUUCUAGCUUACAUGAGAUAAAAGCCAACAUUUUGUUUUCAUCAUCUACCUCUGAGAUACACAGUCAUGCCAUUUUUGUUGUUCUGGCACAAAACCUAGUGUUGGAAGACCACUCCUCAUCUCAGCAAAUGAGCAAGAUACACCUAAAUCCACUUAGAGGGGUAAAAAGCACUUCCAGUUACAGGAGCAGUACCUACUUUUUGCAUAAAAAUUGUUACUGUUUUUAAAACUUCCUACUGCCAUUGAAACCUUGCACUUUUGGUCAGUUUUGUUCAAAGCAUUUUUUAAAGCUCUGGAGAGGAGUUCAGUGUCUCUUGGGCUCAAAUUCUCCAGUAAGUGAGGCUUGAGCAAUUCACAGGGAGCAAAUAAAAACAUAGUGGAUGAAGUUCAUUAUCACAGUUCCUCUGCCUUGAAAUUGGGACAAAUGAAUUUUACUGCCCCAUCAAAGGAGAUUCUAAUUACCUGAAGCUAAUGCACACAGCCUUCCUAGAGUGAAUUUGGCAUUUCUCUACCUGCCUACAGUCCUUCCAAACAGUCUACUUCACUGAAAAGUGUACUUCAGACUUCUCAAGGCUAUGGCGGAGCUGCUGAUAACAGCUCCUAAAUACAUGUGCCUGAGGAAAGAAAGCUAGAGGCAAAUUCUUCGGGAAACAGUAUUUUUCCUUAAAAGAACAACAGUAGUAAAAAUAUGAGGGGGCAGGAUCCUGCAGAUAAAUCAGUUUUCUAAAUGGUAUGAUAGGCAUUGGUGUUUCAUUUUGGAAAGAAAACAGGUAGUUUAUUUCUUGAUUCUGGGUCUAGCAGAGAGCAACUUAGUAAAGCUGGAAGAGAAAAAAGAAUUUUUUUUUAAAAAAGGCACACUCGAAUUCAGAGAUCCUCAUUAAACAGAAAACCAGCAAUGCUAGCCAUAUUGUUGGUGCAGUGGAUUCUUGUGAUGCAGCAGCAGUUCUAGUAAAAGCUACAUAAACACCAACAUACCUGCAGCUGGAUCAUCUCCUGACACACAAAUGGAAGCUGCAGCUGCUGUGGCAGCAGUUCCAGUGAAAGGACCACAAGGAUCAACAAGAUGUGUGGUUGGACCAUAAGAAACCAAGGAUAGAGUGAGGAAGCAGCUGAUGGUAAAUGAGGAUAUUCUCUCUCUGUCUUGGAGGCUUUGGAGCAGUGGAGAUGUGACUGGCACUCCUAUGAGCUGGCUGCCACUUCAGCUGUUACCUCUAAUGUAGACCUCAGUGCUCACCUUAAGGAAAGGAGAGAACAAUUGCCAUCCCGUGCCACCUAAGCUUUUUAUGUAAUAUUAUUAUACAAGCAGAACGUUUUCUCCUGCAUUCCCAUCCAAGGGCAAGAGGCUCGUAGCUCAUGGAGUAAAGAAGUAAAAGAAAGAAAAAAAAGAAGUAAAAAAAAGAAGUAAAGAAAACAAGCUCCAUGGAGACAUACAACUGAUGAUAAGGACAGCUCUGCUUUCUGUUGGGACCCUGGGCCUGCUGCUGUGGGGUGUCCAGCCCAGAGGAUGUCAGACAUGGGCUUCCAUGAGGUCCAGGACAGCAGUGACCACUGCUCUGUAAUGAAACAGGGUACAGCUCUGACUCUACCACAACCAACACAGCCCAAAAGCAUGAGAGUGCUACAGACAGAGAAGCCAGUCCAAAGCAGAGCAGUAUUCCACCUGCACCAAAGUAGAGGCCUCUGCAGUUUGCUGGUCUGUCUCUGUUGUUUUCUGUUUUCUGAAACUAAGUCAGGUCAACAAACUGCUGCUCACUGAUGUGGCUAUAGCAUCUGUAGUUCCAAGCAUCCACUUUGUCUGAUCUACUCAUACUGCUUUUCACAGUGAAAUAAAAAGCAGUUUCAGUAUCACCUCAAAAUUACUCUUUGUGUAGUUGUUAAAUUUUUUUUAACUCUUAAUGUGCCUCUCUGUGUCCUUCAGAUAACAUACAAAGGGAAAGAAUCUGUAUUCAAUGUUGGACUGUUUUAGCAUGGCCAUAUUCUGAGAGGAAGCAAAGUAACUGGCAGCACAUCUCUAAUUACUUUUAAAAAAAUGAUACUUGUUAAAUUUUGUGUUGUACUGACAAGGGCAGCACAGUGUACUAUACACUACAGACAAUACCUGAGAUUGAGCUUAAUGACAAAGAAGAAAACGGGUAGCA